GUUUUGUUUAGACAACUUAUUGAAAGUAACAGUCAUUUGUUGCAUACAUUGUCUCGCAAACUGGUCACCACUUCCACACAUUAAGACUUCGUGUCAACAAUCACCACUGAAGACAUCCACUGGUAUGGCAUCGGAGGAGACUCAGUACCUGGGCUUCGGGAACCUUCCCAAUCAGGUGCACCGGAAGGCCCACAAAAAGGGCUUUGAGUUCACGCUGAUGGUGGUGGGGGAGAGUGGUCUCGGGAAGUCCACUCUUAUCAACUGUAUCUUCAACACUGGCAUCAAAAGCAAUCGCAAACCACUGACGGCUGUCCAACAGCUCGAGUCCACUCUUAAGAUUGAGACGCAAACGGUAGACAUUGAGGAAAGGGGUGUCAAACUGAAACUAACCUUGUGGACACUCCAGGCUUUGGUGACUCAUUGGAUUCGAGCGAUAAUUGCAAAC